AGUUGCUAGAAUGUUGUUUUGAAAUUAACUUCACUUGAUUCUAGUUUGUUCCGGAUUUCGUGCGCAUCCUAACCGCUAUCCAGUCAUCGCUUAGUCUGUGUACCGUCCAGUUCAUUAGUUUCUGAUCUGGGAAGAAGUAUGCAGUGAAGGGAAAUUAGCAAAGACAAAAGGAGUGUUUCCCUCCCAGGAAAUAGUUAACACGUGAGGCGAGAAGGAUUUUGACCGCUCCUGCCUCCAGUCCUCGCUGCGCCACUCUGUAUUCAAGAUGAUUGAGAAGAUGAGUUUGACAGUUGAAGCUUCAAAGCUUCUUGAUUUCAACCAGAAGCUUGACAUACCCCUUUUGGAUAAUGUUAUUGGCUUUAUGUACAAUGGAAUUGGGGAACAGCAACGGAUAGCACAGGAGGUCCUCACAACCCUGAAAGAACAUCCUGAUGCUUGGACUCGUGUUGAUGCUAUUCUGGAAUAUUCACAAAACCAACAGACAAAGUACUAUGCGUUGCAGAUCCUUGAACAAGUUAUUAAUACGAGAUGGAAGGUUUUACCUCGAGAUCAAUGUGAAGGUAUCAAGAAAUAUAUAGUCAAUGUUAUUAUUAAAUUGUCCAGCACACCAGACUCUCUUGACAGAGAGAAGGUUUAUUUGAAUAAGCUGAAUAUGAUUCUUGUACAGAUUCUGAAGCGUGAGUGGCCUAAAAACUGGCAGUCAUUCAUCCCAGACAUUGUUGGAGCAAGUAAAACCAAUGAAUCUAUGUGCCAGAAUAAUAUGGUUAUACUGAAACUGUUAUCUGAGGAAGUGUUCGACUUUUCUACUGGACAGAUGACACAGACCAAGGCAAAGCACCUCAAGGAUACCAUGUGCUCAGAAUUUCAACAAGUUUUCCUUCUCUGUGUUUUUGUCAUGGAAAACUCCCAGAACCCAACGCUUGUUAGUGCCACACUAGAAACUCUUCUCAGGUUUCUCAACUGGAUUCCUCUUGGUUAUAUUUUUGAGACCAAGUUAAUCAGUACCCUUAUAUACAAGUUUCUAGGCCUUCCACUGUUUCGGAAUGUGACACUCAAGUGUCUGACAGAGAUAGCUGGUGUUGCUGUUCCUUCAUAUGAUGAAUCUUACAUUAUGAUGUUCUCCCAGACUAUCACACAGCUGCAAGAGAUGCUGCCAUUAGAAACAAAUAUUAGAGAAGCAUAUGCUAAUGGCCAAGAUGCAGAACAGCAGUUUAUUCAGAAUCUGGCUCUGUUCUUAUGCACCUUCCUUAAGGAGCGAGGAUCAUUGGUGGAGCGUAAACAACUUAGUGAAGCUUUGCUCAAGGCAUUGCAGUACCUGAUUUUGAUAUCCGAAGUAGAAGAUACAGAAAUAUUCAAAAUUUGCCUGGAGUACUGGAACGCACUCGCUUCUGAUUUAUAUCGAGAAUCCCCGUUCUUACCCCCAACUGGUGCAUCCCCACUUUAUCUUCCAAGACCAAACUCAAGACGACAGUUUUAUCAACCAAUUCUAACGAAGGUGAGAGCCUUGAUGAUUAGUCGGAUGGCUAAACCUGAAGAAGUGUUGGUUGUAGAGAACGAGCAGGGCGAGGUAGUAAGAGAAUUUAUGCGUGACACCGACUCAAUUAAUAUGUACAAGAACAUGAGAGAAACUCUUGUCUACCUCACUCAUUUAGACUACGCUGAUACAGAACGCAUCAUGACAGAAAAGUUGGCAAAUCAGGUAAAUGGCACUGAGUGGUCUUGGCGAAAUCUUAACACCCUCUGUUGGGCUGUAGGGUCCAUUAGUGGGGCCAUGCCUGAAGAAGACGAGAAACGUUUCUUAGUGAUAGUGAUAAAGGAUUUACUGGGGCUGUGUGAACAGAAAAGAGGCAAGGACAAUAAAGCAAUCAUUGCCUCAAAUAUUAUGUACAUUGUUGGACAGUAUCCUAGAUUUCUUCGUAUACACUGGCGCUUCCUCAAGACUGUCAUCAACAAACUUUUUGAAUUCAUGCAUGAAACUCAUGAUGGUGUUCAGGAUAUGGCAUGUGAUACAUUCAUCAAGAUUGCUCAGAAAUGUCGCCGUCAGUUUGUACAGAUGCAAGUUGGAGAAGCCAUGCCCUUCAUUGAGGAAAUACUUUCAUCUAUUAAUUCAAUCAUUUGUGAUCUGCAACCACAACAGGUUCACACUUUCUAUGAAGCAGUUGGUUACAUGAUUAGUGCACAAAGUGACCAAGUUGUUCAAGAACACCUCAUUGAGAAGUAUAUGAUGCUACCCAACCAGGUUUGGGAUGAGAUCAUCAACCAGGCAUCAAGGAAUGUUGACAUUUUGAAAGACCCAGAUGUUGUGAAGCAGCUAGCAAAUAUUUUAAAGACCAAUGUAAGAGCAUGCAAGGCUUUAGGACAUCCAUUUGUGUCUCAGCUUGGACGCAUCUAUCUUGACAUGCUGAAUGUUUACAAGGUUAUGAGUGAGAAUAUCAGUGCAGCUAUUGCUCUUAAUGGUGAAGGGGUCACUAAACAGCCUCUCAUCAAGUCCAUGCGUGUAGUAAAGAAAGAAACUCUAAAACUCAUCUCUGGAUGGGUGUCUCGAUCAGAUGACCAUUCAUUAGUUCUGGAUAACUUCAUUCCACCUCUGCUAGAAGCAGUUUUAAUGGAUUAUCAGCGAACUGGUGUUCCCUCAGCACGAGAACCAGAAGUUUUAUCCACAAUGGCCACAAUCGUAAAUAAGCUAGAGUCACACAUAACGCAGCAAGUUCCCAAAAUAUUUGAUGCAGUUUUUGAAUGUACAUUGUCAAUGAUCAACAAAGACUUUGAAGAGUUCCCAGAGCACAGAACAAAUUUCUUCCUUCUUUUACAGGCCGUCAAUACACACUGCUUUACGGCUCUACUUAGUAUUUCACCAGCCCAGUUCAAGCUUGUGCUGGAUUCCAUUAUAUGGGCAUUCAAACAUACAAUGCGUAAUGUAGCUGAUACUGGCUUGCAAAUCCUUUACCAGUUACUGCAGAAUAUCUCAACUCAAGACAGUGCUGCCAGCAGCUUCUAUCAAACGUACUAUACAGACAUCUUACAGCAUAUCUUCUCUGUUGUGACAGACUCGUCACACACUGCUGGAUUAACGAUGCAUGCAUCCAUAUUGGCAUACAUGUUCACCUUGGUGGAGCAGAAUCGCAUUACUAUCAGUCUGGAUGCUGCAAAUUCUAAUGCACCUAGUACAAACAAUGUUACAUACGUACAGGGCUUUGUGGCAAACCUUCUCAAGGCUGCAUUCCCUCACCUCACAGAAAAUCAAAUAAAGAUUACAGUGCAGGGCAUGAAUGACCUCAAUCAAGAUAUUCCAGGUUUUAAGGAGCAUCUCAGAGACUUCCUUGUACAAAUUCGAGAGGUGACGGGAGAUGAUGACAGUGACCUUUAUCUAGAGGAGAGAGAGGCAGCGCUAAGGUUGGCACAGGAAGAGAAACGUCGUGUCCAGAUGAGUGUACCGGGUAUUCUAAAUCCACAUGAAAUUCCAGAGGAGAUGCAAGAUUAGGUAUAAGCCACCUCACAGCUUGGAGAUCCCAUAAUAGUUUUGCUGAUGACAGCACUCAUGUCCAUAUGAUUUUGGUCCAAUAUUGUUUUGCAACUCACAGGAUGUUUAGACGGGUAUUGAAAAACCCAAAAGUGUGAUUAUUGGUUCUGAAUUGCUGCAGUAGUGAAACAGUUCAAAAUUCAUUUGAGAAAAUGAAGCAUUGCCUGUAGUAAUUUAUGAAGUCAAGCAUCUUUGUGGGUUCAAAGCUAAACUAUGUUAUGCCUGAUAAAAAUCGGACACAGCAUGUUGGCACAGUUGCCAUUUCAUAAUUCAUAAAAAAAAUUAUAAUGUAAAGCUUAAAAAAGAAUUAAUUUUUAUGGAGCUGUUGCCCUGCAAGAUGGUAGACUUGGUUGCUAACUCAGUCAUUAUUAAACUGUUACAGUUUUCUAAAUGUAUUUGAUUCUGUAAUUUGAUUUUCGUUAUUAUUAUUAUUGGCUCAGAAUUUAGAAGUGUUAGGGUAUUUACUAUAUGUGAUCAGUCAUAGCAUACUAAGUCUUCACCAGUCUGUCAAAAAGCAUCUAGUUUUGAGAAUUAGAUGUUUUGAUAGAAAAUUUUUACUGUCUUGCUACCAUAUCCAGAGUAGACAUUGUUAAACAUCCUUGUUUUUGUUUUUUCUUGAUCUUUUUCACCAGUAUUUGUGUAGAUGAUGAGGGACUCACAGUUAUUCUCGUUAGGAUAAGUUAGAAAAGUUUUUUUCUGCAGCUAUUGUACUUCAGUUAUUCAUUGUGAGGUAGACCAUAUAUGUUAUCCAGUGGUAUUGCCUAGAGCUAACUGCUGCCAAGUUACUCUGCAGUUAAGUUAAUGUAUUCUAUUGCAUUUACCAGUGUACAAAAUAUGAUAGUGGAAAUAUAUACUAAUUUUUUUUAAUUGGUAAUGGCCAUCAUAUCACAGGUGAAUUCACUGCAGUGCAUUUACAUCAGACCACUCUUUUUUAUUAUAAUUAUUAUAAUUACAGUCUUGGUAUAUGAAUUGUGAAAAAUUUACUCUUACGAUAGUCAUUUUACUUGGAUAUUAAGAGCGGAGGUUAUAUUUGAUGAAUAUUAUGUUAUGGGGUGCACCUUGACCUGUUUUAACCCCCAUAAAUGUACAAGUCUUAUUGUGGCAGCAAAGAAAUUUCUUAGUACAAUUUAGUUGCGAUAUUUAUUAAUAUGAGGAUGUUUAAUAUGGAGCACUUUGCAUUGGUAGCUUGGAUUGGUAUUGUUCUGGGUACAGAAGGAAAUAGUGAAACCUGGAUAGCCCAAAGGGUUUAAAGUCGGUCCUCAUUUUUGUAGGGGAUGAGCUAGUGUUGAGGAAAUUUUGUCAUUUUCUCAGUUUUCCAGUUUCUUUUUCUUUUAAAAUGUUUUCAGUUGUUGAAAAUUUAUAUGCAUGAUUAGGAGGUGAAGUUGUAGAAAUCUGUUAGUGUGCAAGAGCUGUGAAACCAUUUGUACCUAUUGAAGCUAGAUGGCCCAGGUAGGGACUUUGGUAUUUGUGUUACAAAUAACUUAAGGUUUCUGAUGUAUUGUAUGAAUCAGUGUUUUGAAUAAGGGAGCAGCACUUUAUUUUCUUCAGCUGCACCUUCUGUUUGACCAAAGUAUAUGUUUUAUGAAUGCAAGGAGUGCUUAUAAUUCAAUGGAUUUUUGUUUUCUGGUAGUGUUAUGUGAGUGAACUGUCAAAGGUUUGGAUAAGCCCAAGAGAUGUGGUAAGUAACACAGGUAUGGACAUCAUUUAUUGUUUUGGAAUUGUUGCUAAAAAUUGUAUUUUUUUCUUUGUUAAUACUCUCUUAUGUACUUACUUUACUUCUUAGCAGGGGGGAACAUUUCAAACUGCAUGAAUAUUAACUAUAGAUCAUAGUAGAUUUUGGAAGUGAUUAUGUUGGUCUCACAUGUCAUAAUUUCACUGUUGAUAGUAAUUUAUAUCAAUAUAUUAAUGUUUCACAUUUUUCAACAUUGACUUUGGGGAAAAUCUUAUAACUGUCCCAGUGUGAGUGGGUACCCCCUAAUAAUGAAUAUCAUCAAACUACUCCAUUGGUAAAAGAUUAUUGAUACCCUGGAUCGUGAUUUUUUCUUCAUAUAAUUUGCAAUUAAUUUUUAUUUCAUGAUUAGUGAUGCCUAUCAUGAGAAAUGAAUUUGUUUUGAUUAAUUUGUAGUUAAUGCAUAAAGGAUAUUGAUGCAUGUCAUAAAGAUAGAUAUUUAUUUUGAGCACUUCCUAGCUUGAAUUGCCAUUUGAAGUCCAAAUGGCGAGAAUAAUAACUGUAUUUGUUACCUUAGUAAGAAUGUUUUGCAUAUUUAGGUUGUGGCCAAUAGAUAUAUAGUGUUAAAACUCAAGAGCUGGGAUUGCAUUAUUAAUCAAGGCAAUAUUAAGAAAAUUGACUCAAAGGAUGCAGUUAAUUUACAUUGGUUCUUGAGUUCUUGCCAACUUUAGUGGCCCUGACUUGUUUGAUAAAGUGAAUUUUUAGCUUUCAUAAAAAAAAGAUUGGUAAGAAAUUUAUUUGAUAAUGAAGGGAGAAUACUGUAUACAUAUGUAAGAAAUAUAAUAACGAAGGGAUUAUAUACACAUGGAAGAAAUUUAUAUAAUGAAGAGAGAAUAUACAUAUGCUUCAAGCUUUGCUCCUUGGAUAUUGGUUGUUUGUACCUAGGAGCCACUACUGUUGAGGAAACAUCUUUCCUCUGUCAUUGGACUGUUGCAUUUGUACAUUGCUUUGUACCCAAAUUAAUGUUUCAAAGUGACAAGGUAAAAUUUUUUGGAAACUUGAUUAUACUGCAUUGGAUUCCUUGGCCUUUGUGAGUGAAAAUUUAUAAUUUAUUUAUUUUAUUAUUAUUAUUACACUAUUAUUAUUAUUUUAAUACGGAUGUCAUAAAUGCUGGAAAACUUAGGUGCUGUAAGCAUUUGUAUAGUUUUUGCUUAUGACUACUGUGUGGCAAUUACAAGAAAAAUAAGUGUGUGUGUGUGUGUAGAUAAUGUCUUGUCAAGAGGCAUUAGUUAAAUUUUUAAAAGUACUGUAACUUAAAUCUUGGGCAGAAAACCUGCUAUUGUGUGCCUGUUUGGAGUGGCAGUUUAUUUAAUUAUUUUUUUCUUUUUAAUAUUGAAAUUCAAAUGGGUGUUGGGUUUUUUGGAUAAAUGUUUAUCUUUUGAAAAAGUUUUAGUUGUCUCAGUCUUCAAGUAUGUGUGUACUACUUUAACUCUUGGAUGUGCACUUUGGGAACAAUCAAAUUUUAAACUGAGGAGGAGUGAGGAGAUCUCAUGCAUUUUGGAAUUUAGUUAUGUUGUAUAAUCACAAUAUUUCACAUAACACUAUCAAUUUUCUAUUUCAGUCUUAGCACUUGGUAUGAAUAUCUUCUUGUUCAUUAUAUUUUUGGAACUGCCUCGAUUGUGAGGUUGUGUGUAAGUAAUUUAUUUUGAACAAUUCUCUGUAUUGAAUGUAAGAUAGUAUUGUACUGCUCAUGCAACCUGUUCUCUUUCUUGUUUUCUUGUCAAUGCUAUUCUUAAGGGGCCAUGUUGGCAUAGUCAGUCCCUACAUGCUUAUUGUAAGUGGGAAAGAGAAAUUACUUAAUUUUCCAUCUGUGCAUUACGCUUAUGUUUUCCUUUGAGUGUCAAAAUUUAAUUUCAAAUAAGGCUACAUAUAUCUUGUAUAUUUAGUGGUGUAGGAGAGGAUUCCGAAGAAACUGGUAUCUUAUAACUUAGAUCAUCAUGUAAUAAAACCAGUGUUGACAUCAAGGUUAAUUGAGUUUAUCUCAGGUGUUAUUUGAGUUCAAUUUACCUUGAUAGUUCACUUGGCAUUCUUAUAUUGUGAUGACUAAGUAAGUUUAAUAUAAGGCCUCCAUUCUUGUACUAGAAGAUUUUGGGUUUAUAAUUAGUUGUCCCAGUUUUCAAUAUUACCAGAUGUGCAUAAAGCCCUCUUAUAUGACUUGCUGUAGUUUGUGGAUUGGUAUAAGACGAGCAACUAAAGGUUUUGCCCUCAAAUUGAGAGCAUCCUUUUGUAGACAAAAUUAGAAAGUCAAUAACUGAGCAACUAAUUUAAUGAGUUGCAAGUGUCUGGUCACCUCCACAGAAAUGUCCCUUAGCGGUAAUGGAUGUAGAUUUUGCACGUGAGGGGAGUUAAGGACCUCUCAAAAGUUGUCUGUUGAGAUAACUAGGUGAUUACACCAACAGCAGUGUAGUAUGUGUGGGCAACUGGAGGACAGAAGUAACCUAUAAGUGGGCACAAAACACAAGUUAGGAUAAUUAUUGCAAAACUUGACCUAUAAAACACCCACAGGUUAUAAUGUACUUCCAACCCCUUAGUAUGUUUGUCGUGUGUAUCUUCAGUGCGUUAAGAUUAGUCGCACUAUCUCUGUUUUAAGAGAUGGGAAGUGUAGUGUGACUGAUCAUUUUGAUAUUCUGCUAUUUGUGCAAAACUUAGCAAAAUAAGAAAAUAUUUUACAAGA